AUGCAGUGUGGCUGCCUGCCCCGGGGGCUGCCCGUCCUGCCCAGCUCCUGCUGGGUACCAGGCCUGGCCUUCCCCGCCUGGGCGUGCAAAGCCGAGUCGAGCCCCGGCUCCCGGCAGAUCCAGCUCUGGCAUUUCAUCCUGGAGCUGCUGCAGAAAGAGGAGUUUCGCCAUGUCAUCGCCUGGCAGCAGGGCGAGUGCGGGGAGUUCGUCAUCAAGGACCCCGAGGAGGUGGCUCGGCUCUGGGGGAGAAGAAAAUGCAAACCCCAGAUGAACUACGACAAGCUGAGCCGGGCCCUCAGGUACUACUACAACAAGCACAUCCUGCACAAGACCAAGGGCAAACGCUUUACCUACAAGUUUAACUUCAGCAAACUCAUCUUCCUCAGCUGCCCGCCGUGGGACGCCCGCUGCCCGUCCUCGCUGCCGUGCCGCCCCCCCGCCGCGACCCCCGCCAUUCCGAGCCAGUUGGUGCCGAGCGUGUUGCUGAGCCGGCGGGUGCCGGUGGAGCUGCUGGCCUGGCAUCGGGGUCCCCAGCACCCCGAUGUUGUGGAGAAGAGGGCGGCCACCACCGGGACCCGCCUCGGCUCCGCGUCCCCCCCAUAUCUGGGGGGGUCCUGCUGCUGUCUGGGGGUCCCAGAGGAGGCGCCCCGCCUGGCUGCCUUCCCCCCACCUCUGCCGGCCCUGGGCACCCCCGCACCCACCUGGGCCACCUUCCCCCACAUCCUGGCCCCACCCAGCUGCCCCCCACCGCUGCUGCCCCCCCAGCCGGGGGACCCCGGCCACGCGGGGCUCCCCACAUCGGUGCACCUGCACCCCAGCUUCUCCCCCAGAGCCUUCCCCGGGCUCCCGCUCGUGGCCAGGGGGCUGGUGCCGGAGCCCCCCUCAUCCCAGCUUGGGAAGGAAGGCGAGGAGGAGGAGGAGGAGGAAGGCCGGCGUGGUGCCACCGCUGCACAGAGCUGCCCUGGGGUGAAGCUGGAGCUCGAGGGUAGGGGGGCAGGAAAGAGUGGGGUGCUCCCAGCCAGCACCUUUGCAUCCCCCCAGCCCCCUGGCUGGUCCCUCCAGCCAUCCUAG